UUUCCGAACAGCUGUUAAAGGUGUACUGUUCUCUUCUACUAAUCCACACAACACCCGGAAGAAAGUAGUUCAUACUUGAAUUAAUUUACCUUUCGGCCUUACUUUCUCGUUCUAAUUCCACUUUUUUGAGUCAAUGUGCAGUUAAUUUUCUUUCUAAAUUACUUGUUUUCAUUUAUUUUGCGCCCAAAAUCGGCCGUUGUUUGUGUGGUAUUCAUGCGCGAUACUUGUGAUCGUUGGAGUGGGGAGUGGACAAAAUAAUGGAGGUGAUAGUGUCUUCUGAUGUCGUCGGGCAUUCGGUUUGACAUCAUGUAACAGGGCACAUCAUUUGUGUACUUUGAAUUUUUGGAAAAUGUGCAAAGUGUUUUCAGUUUUUAAAAUAUUGUGAAAUGUUUGAGCUGAAAGUUUGUGUCAAGUUGUGAUGGCAGUCUUCUGCCAGCAUUGUGUAGAAGGCUCUCAACAUGUUGGUUACGAUCUUUUGUUACUGUUUGGGCAUUGUGCCUAAUUGUAAUAAUGAUCAACAACUUUUGUGUUAAAUUACUAUCCUUCUGGUGUUUAUAACACUAUGCAGAAGAGAGACAGCCGAGAAAAUAAUAGCAAAGAUAAAGAAUCAUCACGCGAAGACCAACCUAGACGUUGGUCCAAAUCCAGUUACAGUAAAUUGCAAGUUGCAAAUAAUUAUAAAUCGCAAUCUGCCAAUCUUAAAUCAAAGGGCGCAAUGCACUCCAGCCGGCAUACCAAUGUUUCUAGUAGUACUGGAAUUUUAAUGGUUGGACCUAACUUUCGUGUAGGCAAGAAAAUAGGAUGUGGAAACUUUGGCGAGCUGAGAUUAGGGAAAAAUCUCUACAACAACGAACAUGUAGCCAUCAAAAUGGAGCCAAUGAAGUCAAAGGCUCCCCAACUCCAUUUGGAGUACAGGUUCUACAAGCUCCUUGGAACGCACGAGGGCAUACCGGAUCUGUACUACUUUGGGCCAUGCGGCAAGUACAACGCUCUGGUGAUGGAGCUUCUGGGUCCCUCCCUGGAGGACCUCUUCGACCUGUGCGGACGCCGCUUCUCACUCAAGACUGUGCUCAUGAUUGCCACACAACUGUUACACAGGAUAGAGUACGUACACGGGAGGCAUCUUAUUUAUAGGGACGUUAAACCAGAAAAUUUUUUAAUCGGUCGAAAGCCAAACAAAAAGGAUAAGGUUAUACAUAUAAUAGAUUUUGGAUUAGCGAAAGAGUACAUAGAUAUAGAAACGAACAAGCAUAUACCUUACCGGGAACACAAGAGUCUAACCGGAACUGCUCGAUAUAUGAGUAUCAACACACAUUUAGGAAAAGAGCAGAGCAGGCGAGACGACCUAGAGGCGCUGGGUCACAUGUUCAUGUACUUCCUGCGCGGGUCGCUGCCCUGGCAGGGCCUCAAGGCCGACACUCUGAAGGAGCGCUACCAGAAGAUAGGUGACACCAAGCGGGCCACGCCCAUUGAGGUGCUCUGCGAGGGUCAUCCUGAGGAGAUGGCAACCUACCUCCGCUACGUGCGACGACUCGACUUCUUCGAAACGCCCGAUUACGAGUAUCUGCGCAAACUCUUCCAGGAUUUGUUCGAGCGGCGAGGAUAUGCUGACGAUGCCGAAUUCGACUGGACCGGAAAGACUAUGUCGACACCAGUCGGUUCUCUGCAAACCGGCCACGAAAUGGUUGUCUCCCCCAACCGCGACCAUCACCCCUCCGCCAGUAAGGGUGGAGGCAAAGGAGGAGUGGCUGCCUGGCCAGAUGUGUCCAAGAUGCCGGCGCACAAUCUCGGCAACCUCACUCCCGCCGACAGGCAUGGCUCUGUACAGGUUGUUAGUUCAACAAAUGGCGAGCUCGCCAAUGACGAUCCGACAGCCGGGCACUCGAAUACGCCAAUCACUGCGCAGGCGGAAGUCGAGAUUGUAGACGAAACCAAAUGCUGUUGCUUCUUCAAGCGCAAGAAGAAGAAGGCUGGCCGUGGCGGACCCAAGUGACUAGCAGCAGUGGUGCAGUGCAGCCCGGAGCGGGAGGCGGUGACCCUGCUGCGAGCCGCAUCGCAGUCGAACUCGCGCGACAGUGUGCUGAACAACACAGCUGCAGCCAGCAACGACGCAGCCAACGGUCAGCCAACAUGAGUCAACCUCUCCCGGCAACGCAAGUUCGCCUCAACUCUUUGAUACCGCACCAGUGUCAACGAUUGCUCCUACAACUCCAGGCAGAUUCACUAUGUCAGCAUUAGUUUGGUUUGACCGCGACAGAAUGGAGACUGUUUUUAUAGCGGUGUCAACGAUUGGUCCUAUUUGAGAUUCUCUUUGUGAUGUCGGAAUUAGUUCCCGAUUGACAGCGACAGACUACCAUUGAUUCUUAUCACAGACUUUUAUUAUGAAAAUGCGUGAACACCAAGAAAGUAUGCCAUUGAGGGAGUGUUAUAAUAAUAAUGUUAUUAUAAUGGCAGAGUUUAUUCUGACAAUACGUGAACACUCCCAUAAGAACCUAGGGAAUAUACUCCCAUAGAACGCCUAGAUGAUAACGUGCCUUUAAGUAAUGGAAUGCAACGUUGUCGAAUCUCUGUCUCUGAAUUGAUUGCCAAUCAUUUUGAUGGCGCUGUACUCCAAUCGCCUUCAUUUAACCAUUAAAUUCAUCUUGAAUAUUUUAUAUUAAACAUUAAAAUGUCUAGCUAUCUCUAAUAUGGAAUCAUAGAUUUUCAGGAUAAAAUAUUUUCAUAAUUAUUCCAUCUAUUGAUUGACAAUUACAAAUCAUAAUAUACAAUAUUAUUUUCAAAGUCCAUUUCCUUACAAAAAAAUAACCUAUGAAGAUGAUUAAUCCUACUAUAUAACAAUAUUCAUAUUUUUACGUAGCUGUACACAUCCGUUCAUUUGUAGGCGGGCAAUAUAAAUUUCAAAUACACUCAGAUUGCAGUUUAAUUCAAUUUCUGUUCAGAGAAAGCCUUUCAAAAUGUCAUUCCUUACAAUAAAAUGUUAGAUGAAGAUUAUAAAUUGUAUAAUAACUUUUCAAAAUACAAUAAACGAUACUGUAAUAUAGACGAUUCGGAUCAGAGAUUUGAGCAGUUGCUACCAAAAAACGUACUUGACCAAAAAUCUGUUACGGCGGCAAUAUGCUGCCAUUGAGCGUGAGUGAUUGCCUCGUGUAGCACAAGAAUAGUAAUAAUUUCUAAAAGCCGCUGACAUGAAGUGAAUCUCAAGUCUUGUAAGCAAAGGAGUGAAUAUUUUGCAAGAAUAUUGGCAGAACUAUUCAACAGUUUUAGUAGUUUAUUUAUCAAUGUGAUGGUGUAUUAUAACUUUUGCCAAGGACAGAGAGACUGUAAAAGUUAUGAUUGUCCUACUCCAACUGGCAUAUUACAAAGCAACUUCCUGAAAAAUGAAUGUUUAAAAAGGUUAAGCAGAACUGUAUUAUAACAUUCAUGUUCAAGUUUUCUUAGGUACAGAAAGACUGGGUAACAGUUAUGCAUAUGUGUAAAGUUAUGAUGUCAUUAAUGGUUCACAACCUGACAUAACAAACACUAGGGUUUGGCAGAACUGUACCGUCGUUUUUUAUACUUGUGCGAUUGUAGCAUAUACAUACUGUAUAGCAGUUAUUACACUUAUUGACAGUAUAUAACUGUCAUACCAUAAUAUGACAGUUAUUAAAAUAACAGUUAGAGGUCCAUCAAACUGGCAUUACAAAGCUACUUUACUGUUUGGCAGAACUGAUUAAUAGUUGUUGAUACUCACGUGAAAUAAUGUAAUGGCUCACUUUGAAGCAAUGAGAGACUGUAACAGUUAUUUUGUCAUUAAUGGUCCUUAUAAAGUAACAACGUGGAUAUUAAUUUUUGUGUAUGAAUUUCAUCAGUGGAGAGACGUACUGGUAGUUUCACCUCGCCGUAUGAUCAUUAAAUGUUUAAGAAAAAUAUGAAUAGUUAGUGCCAAGAACAUACUUGACUUUAAUUUGGCACAACUGCUGGAUAGUUUUCACAUCUGCCAUCUUCCAACUAGGCUACAGUGUGGGAGAGGUGAAACCUCCUAUUACUGAGUCCCGGUAAAUCCGGCAAACCUUUCCAAUUAAUAUCGAAUAAGUUAAUGUCCAAUGGAUGUUCAUAGUUAUUACUGUACUGAAACUGGUCUAACGAAAAGGAGUACUAUGAAGCCCUGAUUGCCAAUCACUUUCCACUCUGCUGGACAGAGAAAUACUACUACUGGUUCUCAUGGGAGUGUCCACAUAUUAACAUUUUGUCUGAACUCUCCCAUAAGAAUCUAUAGUUUUCUUUUUAUAUCCAUCAGAUUAGAAAUUGUAUGGGAAGCAGGGCUUUACUGUUAUUAGACAGUGAAAUAUUGUAACACUUUUCAUGUAUAAGUCAUUACCAAUUGAGACACGUCCCAUUACCUUCCUGUUAACAUGCAGAAUUUAUAACUAGACACCAAUAGGAUACUACUAUUAUACUAUUCUAUAACUAUUGAAAAUGUAGUUACUUGAUGAGAGAAAGAACUGUUUGAUGGAGAUUUCAUUUUACAGCAAGUGAUACAAUUCAUAUAACUUGGGCUCAUUUGCAGACAACUGCUGUAUUUUUCUUGAAUGAACACAUUGAUUUUGGCAUUGUCUGAACGAACGGUAGGUGUAUCUGAACCGGACUAGUUUUUUGGAAAACUACUCUAAACGAAUAACUGAAUUAUUGUGCGGUGAUCCACUUUGAUUUUUGCCUUGUUUUCACGUUUCCAGUAGGCAUUGUAGGCAGGAAAACCUACAUUUACAGGUUAUACGGAUCGAGUUAAGUGCUUCCUACAACCUGCCUCCAGUAGCUAGUGUAACUACUGGAUUCGUUAAAACCAGGCGUUAGUAUGUUGGAAAGGUAGAUUGUCGAGAUCAGUUUGUUGGCUUAUAAUUCAGGAAGAAGCUAGAGAAAAUUUUUGUUUUAGAAAUUAGGCUGCAAUGUAGGCUAUGUGACAUUUUGAAACUAAUACCAUGGUUAUUUCAAAACAAAACUGUUUCUUAAUCAUCGAGAGACAAAUACAAGAAUUUGUUCCGUUUAAAAAUUUUGAAUGCUGAAAAAUGUGGAGAGAACUGUUUCUUAAUCAUCAAGAGACAAAUAAAAAAUUUAUUCCGUUUAAAAACUUGAAAACUGAAAAAGAGAACUGAAAAAUGUACAUAAUUAUCUAUAGAAUCAUUAGCUCCUGAGAUUGAUUCAUCAUUACCCAGCUAUUUUGGAGAUCUGCUAGAGUCUUAUCAAUUAUUGUAAAAAACUAGUAUUUGAAGCUUCAUAUUUAGUUGAUACAGUUUUUUCAAUAUUCAAAAGUAAAUACAGUUUUUCCAAUAUUCAGAAGUAAAUAAAUUAAAAAUACAGUUUUUUCAAUAUUCAGAAUUAAAUACAGUUUUUCCAAUAUUCCGAAGUGAAUAAACUAAAAAUUAUAACACUGUAUGAAAAGAUAAGGGUUUACUAUGCAAGAAUCAAUUCUCAAUAGUUGCCAAAUACAGCGAUAAUUAUAAUUAAUUUCAAAUGGAAUGAUUGAUUUGCUGGGUAAAGUUUUCAAAAAUGCAGAAAAACAGUACCGCACGAGUUGAACCAAGGUAUCCCCUUCCAUGUAUUCCGGAGAACUGAUAUUUCAAGUUGAAAUACUUAUCAGAUUGCAAUAUUCUAAAUACAGUAUUUCAAUAUACCAAAGAACUAUUUUGAAAAACUGUUCUAAAUAGAAAUGUUUUUGUAUUUUUAGAAUUUAUAAAACAAAAUUUUGAAGAAAUCAGCCAAUAUCCUAUGAUGGCCCAAUUAAUUACAAGAUAAUGCAUAUUCCAAAUUAUAAUAUAAAUAACAUUUAAAAUUAUUUCAAUUGAGUUACAUUAUAAUGCAGAUAAUUAUAAAAAUUCAAUCAUUGUUGGCGAUUCAACGAUAAACUAAGUCUUGCCUAAUAAUACCAAAUACUAUUGGAAUAUUAUUGGAAUAUAAUACAAUAUUUAUUUUGUUCAUCGAUAAUAAUCAUAGAAUGGUUUGGAAACAUAAAACAGGUCCUUAAUAUUUCAUUUCCUUCCUAUUUCGCUUGAAAAUUGGUUCUAAGAAGGUUAUCUAUGUUUCGUCAGCAAUUUUAAACAUAGAUAUUUUUAUCCCGAAAUAUUUUUGAAAGCUUGGCUGGUUUGAUCACUGAUCAAUUGAAAAAAGGAUUAAGAAUAUUUCAUUAAACUGGAUAUUUAGAUUCACUAUUGAAGUUUGUAGAAUACUGCACGUACUAUUGCCAAUCAUCUAGAUGGGAAUUGUGUUGAUAAUGGUCAGAAUAAUUCGUAAUGAUGAACCCAGUUUUAAAGAUUUGUUUUAUUGAGUAGGCCUAUACAUGGACCAUUUUAAAUAUAACCUUGUAGAGUAUUGUAUUAAUAGAAAAUUUCAGGGGGGCAAAGGC